AUGAUUACUUCUCUUCAUGGGACUUCACCAAUCCUGCAGAGGGUUUCAUCUGUGGCUUUAGGGGAGUCGAAUGCUGGCAAUCCUGUUGAGAACAAAGUCUUAAAUCUCAAACUUUCUGACACUCGGGCUCAAGGGCCAGUUCCCUCCUGGAUUGGAAAACUGCACAAGCAUAGUAAUAUCCCACCGCAAAUUGCCCUGCUCGACCGACUCAAGAGCUUCAGUGUUGCGGACAAUUUCUUGUCAGGUCCAGUGCCUGAAUUUGUUAAAGCAGACUCAUCCGUAAAUGCGAAUUAUACAAACAACCUUGGCCUAUGUGGAGGGCCUUUAGGACCCUGCAAACGGCAUAGAAACGAAUUUUAUUCAUCUUUCAAAACUGGAUUUGUGGCUGGUUAUACUGUUUUUGCUGUUUCAAUCAUAGUUGGUUUUCUGUCCUGCUGUGUGCCAUGGGUGCGUCUCAAGAGGAGGAAUAAGAUGAUCAGGAUACCAAUGGUGGCGAUGCUGAUGAUGAGGAAGAACCGAAAAGAAGCUGAUAAUAUAAGAGGUUCACCAACUGUGGAGUUCAUACAUGGAGGCAAAGAGAUUUCUAUGUUGGAGAAGAUGGUUCCAAGAAUGGGCUACAAAGAUCUUAAUGAUGCAACGAAUACUUUCAGCAAACACAAUGUCAUUGGGCAGGGAAAGAUGGGGAUGCUGUACAAAGCAGCUUUGCCUAACGGUUAUCUCCUUGCAGUGAAGAAAUUAGACAACUCGCAAUUCUUCGAGGAGCAAUUCAUAUUAGAGUUGAAGACACUUGGUAUAUUGAGACAUGUCAACUUACUUCCACUUCUGGGAUUUUGUAUCACAUCAAAAUAUAUGCUUUUGGUCUACAAAUAUAUGCCAAAUGCUAACCUAUAUGAUUGGCUACAUCCGAUGGAAGGCCAAACAAAGAUCAUGGAAUGGGAUGUGAGGUUUAAAGUUGCCAUCGGGUUAGCAAGAGGCUUGGCAUGGCUUCAUCAGGACUGCAGUAGUGCUGUCCGAGUUAUCCAUCUUAACAUAAGCUCAAAGUGCGUCCUACUUGAUCAGAAUUUCGAGCCCAAGUUAUCAAAUUUUGGGGAGGCAAUAAUCAUUAGUCCAACUAGCACUUCCUAUGUAAAUGGUGAGUCUUGGGACACAAUUUUUGCCAAGGAAGAUGUGUAUGGAUUGGGGGUUGUGCUCCUCGAACUGAUUACUGGGGUAGAUUUUAGCAAAAUGACUGAUUCCUCGAGCGGUAGUCUUAAUGACUGGCUUAUUGAUUUUCUCAAUAGGCCUGAUUUUUCUGACGCCAUCGAUAAAUCUCUGAUUGGGAAAGGAUUUGAUGCUGAGAUCUUUCAGGUUCUUAAAGUUGCAUGCAACUGUGUUGAUACCAUUCCAGAUCAAAGACCAACAAUGCUUCAAGCGUACAACGACAUAAAAGCAAUAAGGGAGGAGAGACGUGACCUGGUUGAUGAGGCAGAGAUACUUACGCAGCAUGAAAUUUGUUAA